AUGACUACAGAUAGGGAGAGCGGCAACAGUGGUAACCUCACGUCCUCCAGCGUAAAAGCACCGUGGACCGUUGAAGGAGCUGUAGCAAAGCUCCCAGGAGGUACCCCAGUCGCAGAUUCUUCCUCGCCCGUCCCCUUCUUCCACAUGCUUGAGCGCCUCAAGACAACCAAACGCGAAGGCUGGCGGCGAUCUGGCAUUCCUCACUGCGAGUCGAUCUCCGACCAUAUGCAUCGCAUGGCGCUCAUUACUAUGUUUGCACCCUCCUCUCUAUCCUCGAAGAUCAAUGUCCCACGCUGCGUAAAGAUGGCACUGAUACACGACUUGGCUGAGGCACUUGUUGGAGAUAUUACGCCCAUGGACGAAGUCCCAAAGACUGAAAAGAAGCGACGGGAAGAAAUAACUAUGGAUUACUUUACGAGCAGCUUGCUCGGAAACGUUAACGGCGGGAUCACGGGCAAGGAAAUCAAUGAUAUUUGGCACGAAUUCGAGGACGGCGAAACUCUGGAGAGCAAGUUCGUGAAUGAUGUUGAUAAGAUUGAGUUAGUUCUACAGAUGGUGGAGUACGAGCGUGUUCACAAGCACCAGUUGGAUCUGGGGGGAUUCAGCUGGGUUGCGAGCAGAAUUGUACUGCCCGAAGUGAAGGAGUGGGCAAAUGAAGUGCUGAGGGAACGCGAGAAGUUUUGGAGCGACAGACCACAUGCAACAUACUCGGCUGAGGCACUCCCGGAGGAGAAGCCUUUGGCGCAGCUGUUGGAGUAUUAUGGCGACGCGAGUUAA